CAUAUCCUUUUGUGUUGUUGGUUGAUUAUUUUGUUAUCAAUACUUUAAAAUUACAAUGUUUUGCAAAGUGAGGAAAUGUAUUUUUCAAGUAUUUUUUAUUGAUUAAUUUUGUACUUGUGCAAGAUUUUAAAUUUAUAUGUUAGAAAGGAUAAUUAAUUUGUUCAUCAAUUUUGUAUCAAUAUUAUUAAAUAGACAUUAUAUACAUAAUAGUAUUUUUAUAAUAUGACAAAAAAUAAUUUAUUAUCUUAUUAUUUUAACAUUUUGCCAGCAGUUUCUAAUUCAAUAUUAAAAAAUAAUCAAAUGGUUUGUUCUUCAUGAAAAAUGAAAAAAUAAAGUUUAACCACAGUAUUAAAUAGUAUUCAUUAUAAACAAGGUUAAUUAAACCACACAUUCUUUUACAAGUACAGAAAAUAAAUGCUAAAACUAUUUGGGAUCAAGAAAUUCGAUUCAACAUUUGACAAAUGAAAGUUAAUAAUAUCGUUGAAAAAGUAAAAUAGAAAGUCUCUGGUUUAGUUCUUUUAAAUUUCCGAGCAAUGGUGGGAGAGAACGUGUUGAAUAGUUGGGGAGGAGAAUAUAAGCACUUUCUUUCCUUUUCUAUUAAUUCUUCCACGUUGUCUCCAAACUUGGUCAAGUUUCUCCAAUCUUGUCAUUGCCAUGGAUCAAAAGCCUCUCGGAUUGCUAACGAUUCACGUCAAAAGAGGUAUCAAUCUCGCCAUUCGCGACCACAGAAGCAGCGAUCCUUAUGUUGUCAUCACCGUCGCCGAACAGACAGUGUUUGACUGGGACAAGUUCACUGGAGACGACAAAAUGGGAGAUGCAAACAUAGACAUUCAACCAUACUUAGAUGCUCUCAAAAUGGGGAUGGAGCUUCUUAGGCUUCCUAAUGGAUGUGCUAUCAAGAGGGUUCAGCCAUCGAGGCUGAAUUGUUUAUCAGAUGAAAGUAGCAUUGUUUGGAACAAUGGUAAGAUCACGCAAGACAUGAUCCUGAGGCUUAACAAUGUCGAGUGCGGGGAGAUUGAGAUCAUGCUUGAAUGGCAUGAAGGUGCUGGUUGCAGAGGUGUCACUUCCUCUUCCAAAGGAGGAGUCUCUUCCUCUACCUAAGAAAUGUUUGUUUGUUUGUUGUUGUUGUAUACCGGAUGAAAGAUAUGUUGUUGUUGUUGUUUGGAUAUGUAUAAGAGACAUAAAUCAUGUUUUUUUGAUGACCUUUUCAUUCAAUAAGAAAAUUUGGAGGAUUGAGUCUU